AGAAUCUGAAGAAGUUUGAAUGCAGAUACUCAGCGUAUCUCUGUAACAGGUUGGACUGGAAUCCCCAAUCCAGACAUCCAUGAAUUUUGGAUUUGCAUCUGAUUCUAGACUCAUACUCGCAGUGUUUUGGAGCCUGUUGCAGCAGUAGCAACCAUCCCCUGAGCCAGGUCCCUGUUGGCUGCCACGGGGUCACCGUCUACAGAUGUUUUACUCCAACUUUGGCCCCUGCAGGAAGGAAGGAAGUGGGGAGAAAAUCAGUUUUUUUCAGUAAAGAAGAAGUGAACUCCUCAAUCUCCAAUGAACAGUUCACUUCCACAUCUCUUCCUUCUGUGGCAGCUGAAAAGGUCCUGAACAAGAUACUAUUUUUAUUCUAGUCACUUCCUACCGUGAAAUUUCUGAAGCAAGAGGUCAAGUAAGACAAGCUCCUUUCCUCUCCUUGCCCAUUUUCUGUGUGAAGGCUCCCUCAACUUGGUGAUUACAAAUAAAACCUUACUUUGGGCUAUUGUCAGUUUUGGAGCCACUCUCAUCAAAAAAAGAACUGUCAUAUGAAAGGCAGCAGACUGUUGUGAUCCUGCUAAAUGACCGUGUUCAUCGAGGGCAGAGACACUCUGGAAAUAAUGAUUUGCAUGGAGAUCAACAUUCUCAUUUUUUUUCUUCAAGAGUAUGACACAGUAGAAGUGUAUCACCAAUGAAAUAAGAGCACAGGCACUUAAAAGAACUCAUAAACCUCCUGAGUGCUACAUUAUACUCCAGACAACAGUAUUAUCUGUCAGCUUGGAUACAGUAGAACUGUGUAGUGCCGGGGUCUCCAAAGGAAGUGAAGUGUGGGGAAAAUGACCUGUGAACUGAAUCUGAACUUCCUUAAGGAAUUGGAACGAGAGACAGUUUUACAGGUCCUGUACCGUGACCAGAUGGUGAGAAAAGUGGAUGAGGAAAGGAUAAGGAAAUUGAAAAUGCAGUUGCAGCAGCUUCAGUGGAAGGGGACAAAAAGUGAAAGCCAUGAAUACCAGGAAAGAUCCUGUGCUCGCUGUCAGAAAUCCUUGGGCCUGGUGAUGAAUAGAGGUGCAGUGUGCAAUGGAUGCAGUCAUCGUGUGUGCUCCGAGUGCCGUGUCUGCCUGAAUCCCUACCUGUGGAAAUGCACCAUCUGUUAUGCUCAUGGAGACAUGAAAGUAAAGACUGGGGAAUGGUUCUUUGAGGAACGUGCCAAGAAAUUCCCAGCUGAAGGUAGACACGAAACAGCUGGCGCAAAGCUCUUGAAAUCUUAUCAAAAACUGAGUAAAAUUUCUGUGGUUCCUCCUACUCCCCCUCCUUUCACUGAAACCACCGGGAGAAACACCGCAAUGGAAAUCAGCCAAUCUAAAAGCUUUAAUAAGUCUGUGGAAAACUUGUUUCUGUCUCUUGCCACACAUAUGAAAAAAAUCUCAAAGUCCCAGAAUGAUAUGAGAGCUGACAAAAGUCUCCUAACUACAGAUUAUGGGCAGGACAUGGAACGGAGGAAGGAAAGGAGGAGUCAGUCUGACACUGCCAUCGAUGCUGCAAACAGGAUAAAAAAUAUACCAACCCUUCAGCAACUCAUCAGUGGGACACGGGACGACAAUGAAGCCUUUACCAAAAGGUAUUGCAAGCAGGCAGAAGAUAUUCCAACCAGUCCCAUGAGUGACACCGUGUUCUGCGGUGGCAAAAAGCAUGGCAGUUUAUAUAGCAUUAACAGCACUUGCACCGAGGCUGGCAAUUUUGACACGGCUAAUGUCACAGGAGAAAUAGAGUUUGCCAUCAGAUACAUCUUUAAAACCUGUACUUUAGAAGUCUGCAUCAAGGCCUGCAAGAACCUGGCUUACGGAGAAGAGAAGAAAAAAAAGUGUAACCCGUAUGCAAAGAUUUAUUUGCUUCCCGAUAAAUCUUCUCGGAGUAAACGGAAGACAGCUGUUAGAAAGAACACAGUGGAUCCGGCAUUCCAUGAAACUUUAAAGUAUAAGAUUGAAUACUCCCAGCUGGAAACACGACAGCUUCAGAUAUCUGUGUGGCACUCAGAAACACUCAAGCGAAGGGUGUUCCUUGGAGAAGUGGUUGUUCCAUUGGCGUCUUGGAAUUUUGAAGACAAUUCAACACAGUCAUUCAGUUGGUACCAGCUUAAAGUGAAGUCUGGAAAGCCUGAAGACAACCUGGUUCAGUACAAUGGAGAACUCCUGGUGUGUGCAAAACUGAUCUUACCAUCCCAGUCUGAAAAAUGCCAGUAUGAAGAGCAGAUGAGAGGAGGGAGAGAAGACCAAGCGUCUGCCGAUGGCCAGCUUCACCUUGUGGUGCUUGGAGCCAAGAACUUGCCUGUGAUGAGAUGUGAUGGCACUUUGAACUCGUUUGUUAAAGGUUGUCUCACUCUCCCAGACCAACGUAAGAUAAGACAGAAGUCUCCUGUUCUGAAGAAAGAAGCCUGUCCUCAGUGGAAGCACCUGUUUGUCUUUGAUGGCGUGACCCCAUCUCAGCUCCGGCAAUCUUGUCUGGACUUGGCCGUCUGGGACCAGGCAUCUUUUGGCUCAAAUGACCGGUUCCUGGGGGGAGCCAGGCUUAGCACAAAAGAACCAUCUGGCACCUGGGAUUCAGACCCCCAAUCAAAAUGUCAGUGGCAGAAAAUACUCAGCAGCCCAAACACUUGGAUAGAUAUUACAUUUACGCUGCAUUCAGAUAUGGACACUUAAGUCCUACUAGCACCCAUGUGACAAGCAUAUCUUCCACACGUGAGCAGUCUGAAAGUAUUGCCCAAGCAUUGUACUCAAGGUUAAGCAGCACAGCAUGCUCUCUGAUCACUUCUGCCUUCUGGAAAGAAACAUACCUUUGAAAAGAGCUCUCCGCACGUAAGCCACUUAUCUAUACAUAAAACAGAACUGUGUAAUUAGAAUCAUUACAAAACUAAUAAAAUAUUAAACUGUUACA